UUGCGUACUCGAGCCAUGUGGUUGUGGUUGUUGAUAUCUUCUUAAAAAGACAUUUCUCCAUGUAUUCAUCCACGCACUCUUGCGUGUAAAACGGACAAAAUGUCAGCGGACGUCGUGAACAUCCACGCCCAAGUGGAGUCCGUGCUGGGCGCCCUCGUCAAAGCCGCCGCGGCGGAGUUGAGCCGACUGUUCGAGAGCAGCUACGCAGCCUCGGCUGCUGCGGUGCGGGACUGCGGCCCCGCCGAGCACCGCGGAGGGGAUACAAAGUUAAAGCCGUCGGAGAGUUUACCUUCUGGGAAGACCACCCGCAGUAUCGGCGUGCAAGUGGACCGAGGUAUCGACUGCUCGCUCGUCCUUUCAAAUGGAGAUUGUUCUUUAAAGUACAAAGAGGAGGAGGAGGAGGCGCACAGAAUAUUCUGUCCUCUUCGUCCUGCUGGAGACGAUACGAAGCAGGCAGCGGCAGAGUCCAGCGUCCCUGAGACGGAUUGUGGGCAGCAACCUGAUUUGACUUUGAAUGGUGCGACUCCAGACGACCACAAGCCUCUAGUCCUCCAGCACGACGCGGUCCCGGCAAGUCAGAAGUUUCCGCUAAUCCUGCACUGCGAGUCUCUGGCGCCCGCGGAAGCGAAGCCUCAGCCGUCCCGCGUGAGCACGGCGGAGGGCACGGCCUACAGCCCCUCCCCCAGCGACGGGGCGGCCACGCUCUGGGAGCAAGUCCCCGUGCCAAGGGGCGGCGACAACUUCCUGCAGAUGAAGCUGAAACUCUCCUCUCCCGACCAGAAGCUGGCGAGCGGCUGCGUGGUGCGCCUGGUCAACCUGCUGACCGCCGCCGAGAUGGAGGCCAAGAUGCAGGAGGGCGGCGGCAAAAAGGCGUGGCCUCUGCCCAAAGACCUGCGGCGCCACCAGAGCGUCCACACGGGGCACCGCCUGUGCUGCUUCGCGCCGUGCGGCGACGACGUGUGGCGCCUCCAGAAGGUGGUGGCGCGCUCCCGCGACGGCUACGCCUGCGCCGUCUGCGGCAAGGCCUUCCAGCGCCGCAAGCUGCUCCGCCGCCACGAGCGCUUCCACACGGGCGAGAAGCCCUACGCCUGCGCCAAGUGCGCCAAGACCUUCGCGCUCAGGAAGAACCUCCGCCGCCACCUGCGGUUCCACACGGGCGAGCGGCCGCACAGGUGCGCCAGCUGCGGCAAGAGCUUCCGCCUGCGCGAGAACUUGAAGACGCACCUGCGCUUCCACACGGGGGAGAAACCCUACGAGUGCAGCCUGUGCGGCAAGACGUUCCGCAUCAUGCAGAACCUGGAGAAGCACAACCUCAGCCUGUGCGGGGACUUUGUGCCCUCCUUCAAGACCAUCGCCGGCUUGCAGCGCCGACCACCACCCGCACCACCCGCUACCUCGGACCGGCGGUUCUCAAACCAGGUACCACCUCAGAGAACACUCGGUUCUCCGAGUGCCACCGCAGUGACCAACAUUCAGCUACAGUAGCGUAGUAGGCCCACGUGUCCAUCAAGAACAAGGCAAGGGUUUUCUUUAACAAGUAACACUAUACCCAGUUUGAACAGUCACACUGUGUUAAGUAGGCCCACGUGUCCAUCAAGAACAAGGUAAGGGUUUUCUUUAACAAGU